UUCGAAGACUGUUAAAAAUGCCUCCUCAAGCAUCUGGGAAAGCUGUAAAGAAGGCCGGAAAGGCACAGAAAGCUGUCCGAGCUGGUGACAAGAAAAAGAGGAAGAAGCGCAGGAAGGAAUCUUUCGCUAUUUACAUCUACAAAGUUUUGAAACAAGUUCACCCUGACACUGGCAUCUCGAGUAAGGCUAUGUCUAUCAUGAAUUCAUUCGUUAAUGACAUCUUCGAAAGAAUUGCAGCUGAAUCUUCUCGCUUAGCUCAUUACAACAAGAGGAGUACUAUCACUAGCCGAGAAAUACAAACUGCAGUACGUCUAUUGUUGCCUGGUGAACUGGCAAAACAUGCUGUUUCGGAAGGAACCAAAGCUGUCACCAAGUACACCAGCUCUAAGUAAAUUUUCAAAGCUUUCCCCAUCAAAAAAGGCCCUUUUCAGGGCCAGAAUAUGAUAAAGGUUAGCUGUUACCUGCUUAUCCUUAAAUCACUCAUUGUUCAAUUUAUAAUUUCAUAUUGGCAUUUUUAAAAUUAAUUCACACUCUU